AACUGACAAUCAAUACAAUACACACACAAACAAAGUCAGUGAACGACGACUAACUGUAUUUGUGACCAACGAUGGCGACCACCGAAGCCAUUGUCAACCAAUGUCUGGAUCUGAUAAUUCAAAGCGAAACUCUGGAGGAAUCGUUUGCCGGUUUUGUCUUACAAUGGGAUGAAUCCGAAGUACACACGAUAAAGACAUACGAAGAAUCGAUGCGAUCGCUCGUCCAACAGCUGACCGCAACCGACAAGUUGGAGGUCGGUCUCAGGCAAUACAUCGACAUUUGCGGCAAUAUUGUGUCCCACAAACAAAACGAAACAUUGCUUCAGAUGCUCGAGUUUGCCGUCACCAACAAUCUGAUCCCAGCCAAAUUGGUUUGCGAGACGAUAUUGUCGUCGGAAAAGUUUCACUACAAAAACGAAGUCUUCUGGUGUAACUCGUUGUCGUUGAUCCGCAAAGUUAUCGGUAGUGUCGACUACAAAGGCGUUCGCGAUCUACUGAAGAUCCUAUUCGACAGAGUCAACCAAAUACCGGCCAAAACUAAUGUAUCGGUUCUCAAACAACUCAUAUCGUUAUACAGCGUCUUUGACUACAUAUUCAAUAGGAAUCACUGUCUGCUUCCAGCGUAUCUGAUCUUAGAYGAGAUCCAGAAGAAAGGCAAAUGUACUCAUUGGAAAUUUGCGAAACUUAUCACAUCUUUUAUCGACAGUUUCCGACCGACGGCCCAAAUGGUCUCAACCGCCGGUCGCUCGAAACUGUUGCCAAUUGUUGGACAUUCAUCAUCGUUGAACAACAUCUGGAAACUGGAUCCAGUGACUGCUAAGUUUCAAAUGCGCGGACUGUUGCCCUACAACAAGGAUCUACUGGAACCGCAAAUCGGACUCUUGCGCUACGUCUUGGAACAGCCGUCUUCGCGCGAUAUGAUAACAUCGAUGUUGGCGUUGAAUUCGAAACAAAAACAACGAAACAUUCUACUCGAAGAACAAUUAGUCGAAUUGAUUAUCAUAGCAAUGGAACGAUCGGAAAGUUGCGGCACCGGCGGCGUCGGCGGUGCUGCCGAUCUCGAGGUUACCGAUGAGAAUGGCGAACAAGGAUGCAAUCCAUUGUUCUUUUUAUGGCAACAUUUGUCCAGUCAUCUCAUCUAUUUUGUAUUAUUYCAAUUCGCUUCCUUCCCGCACAUUGUCCUCAGACUUCACGACAAACUAAGCGCCAAAAAUCCACAAAAUUUUCCGCGAAAAAGUCGCGAACAUCUGAUGUGGAUUUUACUUCAGUUCAUAUCGGGUUCAAUCAAGAAGAACCCAUUGCAAGAUUUUCUGCCAAUUAUGAAACUCUAUGAUCUUCUAUAUCACGAACGGGAAGCUCUACCCGUACCCGAUGUGUCCAAAUCGAGUGCCACACACUCGAUGUCUGCCUCAUCUAUUUGGAUACAUCUGAUGAAGAAAGCCGAGACCGAUGCUGUUAGUCUUCAGCGACCGAUACCGUUGGCACUUAAAGCACACAUCGACUUCUUACAGGAAAACCUGAUGAAUAACAGCAAUCUAUUGAUUAGUGGAUCAGAUUAUCGGGUGGCUCUUCUGUGCAAUGCUUACAGUACAAAUCAGGAACUGUUUGCUCGACCACUAUCUGUCUUAGUCGAUGGCGUUCAGGGCGGUAGUAACCGAUCCAUGGCUCCCGGUUCCAGUCCUAUGGUAUCAUCACUGCCUACAACUCCGCUAUCGAUAUCUAUAUUAGAUUCGCUGACAUUGCAUACAAAAAUGAGUUUAAUACAUAGUAUUGCCAAUCAAAUCAUGAAAUUGGCUCAGACAAAAUCAAGCAUUAGUUUGGCACCCGCUUUGGUCGAGACCUAUAGUCGUCUAUUAAUUUAUACGGAAAUUGAAUCUCUUGGUAUCAAAGGAUUUAUGACAGAUCUAUUGAACACUGUUUGGCGCAGUCAGGCGUGGGGUAUAUUUCAUACACUGCUCGAAAUGUAUAUCUAUCGGUUGCAUCACAUCAAUGCACACUAUCGGAUCCAAUUGUUAGGGAAUUUGCACAGUCUAUCUAACGUUCCCCAAACCAACCAUGUCCAGCUGCAUCUGUGUAUGGAAAAUACGGCACUGAAACUGAUCCAAGGGUUGAGCAGUACUGAAGUUCUAUCCAUACCCCAGUACUCGCGCUUCCAGAACGAACCGAAGUCACUGUUAUCCACCGAAUCGGAAGAGCUGAACAAAGUUCUUGUACUGACACUGGCCCGAGCUAUUCACGUAACCGGUUCCGAAACACUGGCCGCCCAAUGGCUCAAAGAGAUCUUGACAAACAUCAAUCAGAGCACAUCCAUCAAUUGGUCAUCGUUUACGYUGUUAUGCUUUCCCAAUGCCAUCAGCGAAUUUUACCAACAGGUUCCCGUCCAAAAGGAAAACAAAGCUCAACUACGGAUAUCAGUUGAGGAAGAGUAUCGUAAAUGGAAAUCCAUGAGCAACGAAAACGACGGUUCCGCUCAACUCAAACACUUUUCAUUGCCGGGAACUCCUCCACUGUUUCUCUGUUUGUUGUGGAAGAUGUUAUUGGAAAGCGAUCGAAUCAAUCCGAUUGUCUAUAAAAUCUUGGACCGUAUCGGUGCCCGAGCACUCUCAACACAUAUGCGUACAUUUGCCGAUUUUCUUGUCUACGAAUUUGCUAAUCUUGUUGGUGGACAACAUGUCAACAAAUUUAUUGAUGCACUCAAUGAUCUUAUCUGGAAAUACUAUGUUAUUACCAUUGAUCGGCUGAUCCUAUGUCUGGCACUGAGAAGUUUUGAGGGCAACGAAGCACAGGUUUGCUUCUUCAUCAUACAUAUGCUUCUGUUGAGACCACAAGAGUUCAAGAAUAGGGUCUAUGAGUUUGUCAAAGAAAACAGUCCCGAGCACUGGAAACAAUCCAAUUGGCACGAGAAGCACAUGGCGUUCAAUAGGAAAUAUCCCGAAAAGUUUUACUUUGAAUGUCUUCAAGAGGUUAACUCACAGAACAGUCAACACCAAUAUUUGCCGUUUUAUUUCAGUAACGUUUGUCUUAGAUUUUUACCAGUUUUCGACAUUGUUAUCCACCGAUUUCUGGAGUUACCGUCGGGUUCAAUGUCCAACAUUGUCGACCAAUUGUUGGAUCAAUUGGGCUGUCUAUACAAGUUUCACGAUAAACCUAUUACUUAUCUCUAUAAUACACUUCACUAUUAUGAGACCAAACUUAAAGACAAACCGCUAUUUAAGCGUAAAUUAGUUUCGGCUGUUAUUACAUCAUUCAAAGAUAUUAGGCCUAAAAAUUGGGCGCUAAGUGAGGCGUAUCUGAAUUACAUGCAAAGAGAUGAUGUCGACUGGAAUCCAGGUCUCGAUUACUACAUUCAACUAAUCGGACGAGUAGUGGAGACAAUAUCGGGCCAGAAAAAUUCAUUCCCGCACACCGACUAUCGGUUCAAUGAGUUUCCCAAUGCAUCGGCCCAUGCAUUGCACGUUACAUGUGUUGAACUGAUGGCACUGCCAGUGAGUCCGGCAGUAGUGGCCAACUCGUUGCUCGAUGUUGUACUCAUUGGCCACAAAAUACUUACUCGAAAUAACAUCGAAAUGUGGAUGAAUGCUAUUGGAGUCAUAUUGACGGCACUGUCCGAGUCCUAUCUAUCGGUACUCAACGAUCGUAUACUCGAAAUGAUGGAAAGUCCGCUAUUGAUGGAAGCAAACGAUUCACCAUUUGAUUUGAUGGACUUCCAGAACAGUCAUCAGGAGAUGAACGAAAUGCAAUGCAGUUAUCUGAUAGCACUGACACACGCCGUCUGGCAUAACGCCAAUGUCGGCCAGAUUUCACUAAUGCCACAGUUUCUCAAAGAUAGAGUCAAACCAGUUAUCAAAACUGAAGAACAAUUUAUAUUUAUCUGUCAUAUUGUCGGACCAUUUCUUCAGCGUUUCUUUGCUGAACGAACCCGUUGUGUAAUGGAUGUGACCAUCGAAUUGUACGAUAUGUUGGAAAUUAUUGACAAAAAUUGCGAUAAAUUACGAUUUAUUGAUCCAAUUUGUGAUCUACUUUAUCACAUCAAAUAUAUGUUUACCGGCGAUACCGUCAAGAAUGAAGUGGAGGCCACUAUCAGAAAGUUAAGACCAAACUUACAAAUGAGACUCAGAUUCAUAACACAUAUAAAUCUGGACGAAGUCUCGGUUCCGUCAUAACAACAAUGGUUUCAUCAGUUUAUUUUUUGGUGUUCAUUGUAAAAGCCUAUGAUAUCAUUAAAAUUUUGUAAAUUAAUAAUUUAAAAAAAUGUAUUUCAUAUUAAAUUAUAUAAUAAUUAUGAAUAAAUGAUUUGAUAAUAAUAUUGAGGGUUUAUUAAUAAAUAAAUUAAAAUUAAUAA